AUGCAGGAACGUUUGACCACGACGUGUCUGCUGAAGGAGGCGCCAGUCAACGAGCUGAUGGCCGUCCAAGAAGAAUCAGGAUCCGCCUUGCCCGUCGACAUUUUCCAAGUGGCCGAACUCGUAGCUGGUUACAUGGAUUGCAUGGAAGAGGCCCUCAGAUACCUGCAAGAGGUCGAAGAGUACCCCGAAGAACACCCCGCGGUCCAAGGGCUCCGCAGCCACCUGGACCGAUCCAGGCAAAAGCUCAUGGACCAAGCUCUCAUGUUGCAGGCUUGA